ACUGGCUAGGGGGGGAGGUUUCUGCUCUCUGAGAGAAUAGGCAGUGUCCCGUCUUCAGAAUUCAAAGUAAUCCUUUAUGAUUUCAACCCCCUACUAGCACACACUACCACACACACACACUUCACAAAAGCCCUGGUGCUGCUUCUGGACAGGGGAUUAAGUCUGACUGGAUUAUGCUACAACCAGGAGAGAGAGAAAGACAGAGAGAGAGAGAGAGAGAAACAGAAAACUGCUAGUAUCCAUUCCAUUAAUCUUAUGUUUACAGGGGGGCAGCAAAGUCCCUUGGAUACUAUUUUUAUUAGCUGUGUCCCAAAUCAGGACCCUCUCUGAGUGAAUAAGGGAUAGUGGACAUCUCUGUUGUUAUGGAUUGGUACCUAUUUUCUGAUGUGGUCUCCAACAUCUAAUUUCAGAACAUUUUUGCUUCAGCAGGUUCCAGACAUGGAAAGUGAACCCAGGGUGCAUCAGUCAGUGAUUGCUAGCAGUAUUGAAUCUUGUUAGAUUACUUGUGAUUCCCACAAAGAAUCGACAAACUAAGGUGUGAUCUGGAAAAGAAAAUAAAAAUGCAGAGGAGAUAAAGAGUGGGAAACAAAAAAAAAUCUCUGGACAGGAAAGUAAAACUCCAAAACAAAAUGAAUGCAUAUUUGGAUGGGAAAAAUGUGUUGUGGAUGGAUGGUGGGAUAUAAGUAUUUUGCAUUCUGAAUUUUGGAAUGUCCAUUAAAAGUAUAGCUGUAAGACUCUGCAGGUGUGAUUUCUGGGCUGAUUUUCCUCUCUGUGUUAACCUGGAGAAGAUUGAAAAUGCUCAUUAAAAUGAGUUGUCAUUUGCUUAGCUGGGCUGCAGUUCGCUGGGUCAUCCUAUGGAUUAUGUGCUGCAGCUGUUUCUCCCCCUCAGCAAAAUCACAGAACCAGAUUCCCAUAGAAACAGUGAAACUAUGGGCAGAUGCCUUUGGGGGAGAGAUUCACUCACUUGUUACAAAAUACUCUGGGUCUCUUUUGCUACAGAAGAAAUACAAAGAUGUUGAACCCUCCUUGAAAAUUAAAGAAGUGGAUGGGGUAGAACUAGUAAAGAAAUUCUCAGAUGAAAUGGAGAAGAUGUUAUCAAGAAAAGUUGAAGCAGUGAAGAGACUGGUGGAUGCAGCUGAAGAAGCAGACCUGAACCACAAGUUUGAUUCAUCCUUGGUAUUUGACUACUUCAACUCGGUGCUGAUCAACGAGAGAGAUGAAAAUGGAGACUACUUGGAGCUUGGAAAUGAGUUUAUCCUCGAGACAAACGAGCACUUCAACGACAUGUUAGUAAAUACCUCACUUAGUAAUAUCCAGGUCCCAACAAAUGUGUACAACAAAGAUCCAGAAAUACUGAAUGGUAUAUAUAUGUCGGAAGCACUGAACCCAAUUUUUAUGGAAAAUUUUAAGAAAGAUCCAACUCUAACAUGGCAGUACUUUGGUGGUUCCAGUGGCUUCUUCAGACUGUACCCAGGUAUCAAAUGGAAACCAGACGAAAAUGGAGUAAUAGCUUUUGACUGCAGAAACAGAGGCUGGUAUAUUCAGGCAGCCACAUCUCCUAAGGAUGUUGUGAUUCUCCUGGACAUCAGUGGUAGUAUGAAGGGCCUGAGGAUGACUAUUGCCAAACAUACCAUCAACACCAUCCUGGACACCCUGGGAGAAAAUGACUUUGCCAAUGUGAUUGCAUACAAUGACUAUGUACAUUAUAUUGAACCAUGUUUCAAGGAAAUCUUGGUGCAAGCAGACAGGGACAAUCGAGAGCAUUUCAAACAGCUAGUAGAUGAACUUCAUGCCAAAGGAGUGGGUAUUGUCAGCAAAGCUCUCACAGAGGCUUUCCAGAUAUUGAACAAGUUUAAAGAAAAUGGCCAAGGAAGUCUGUGUAACCAGGCAAUCAUGCUCAUCACAGAUGGAGCUGUAGUGGAAUAUGAACCUGUAUUUGAAAAAUACAAUUCGCCAGAUCGGAAGGUCCGGGUUUUUACCUACCUCAUUGGAAGAGAAGUAACAUUUGCAGAAAGUGUCAAAUCAAUUGCUUGUGACAACAAAGGUUACUACACACAAAUCUCUACACUUGCUGAUGUCCAAGAAAAUGUGAUGGAAUACCUUCAUGUUCUCAGUCGACCAAUGGUGAUCAACCAUGAGCAUGACAUCAUAUGGACAGAAGCCUACAUGGACAGUGCCCUCUUCGCCUCCCAGGCCCAGAGCCUCUUAUUGAUGACCACUGUUGCCAUGCCAGUUUUCAGCAAGAAGAAUGAGACUAGAGCAGAGGGCAUUCUUCUUGGAGUAGUUGGCACAGAUGUACCCCUGAGGGAGCUUCUGAAGUUAGCACCCAGAUACCAGCUUGGAAUACAUGGGUAUGCCUUCCUUAAUACCAACAAUGGCUACAUCUUGUCACACCCUGAUCUUCGACCACUGUACAGAGAGGGGAAAAAACUGAAGCCCAAACCAAAUUACAACAGCGUAGAUCUGUCAGAAGUAGAAUGGGAGGACAGUAAUGAAACACUGAGGACAGCAAUGAUAAAUAGUGAAACAGGCUCCUUGUCAAUGGAAGUAAAAGUACCAGUAGACAAAGGGAAAAGGGUCCUUUUUCUGACCAAUGACUACUUCUAUACAGAUAUUAUCAACACACCUUUCAGCCUUGGUGUUGUCUUGUCAAGGGGUCAUGGAGAGUAUAUAGUCAUUGGAAGUACAACUGAAGAGGAAGGGUUGCAUGAUCUUCAAACACCAGACUUAACACUGGCCAAUGAGUGGAUCUAUUGUAUAACAGACAUAGACCCAGAUCAUCGUAAACUAACCCAGCUGGAGGCCGUACUUCGUUCCCUAAAUGGAGAGGAAGCUGAUUUAGAAUGUGAUACAGAACUGGUUCAGGAAGUUCUUUUCGAUGCAGUUGUAACAGCUCCAAUGGAGGCUUACUGGACAGCUCUGAGUCUCAACAUUUCCAAGGACAGUGAUGAGGGAAUUGAAAUUGCUUUCCUGGGAACACGAGCUGGACUCAUCAGAAGUAGCCUGUUCACUGGAGCUGAAAAGCGUACUGACAAAAAGUUCCUGACAGUGGAGGAUAAAGAGAGCAUUUUUACGAUGGAUCACUUUCCCCUCUGGUACCGUCGGGCUGCAGAAUAUCCACCUGGGAGCUUUGUGUAUUCCAUUCCCUUUGAAGACAUUCAAGCAGAUUCAAACCAUAAUGAUAAAGUUGUGACAGCAAGCACAGCUGUAACAGUCACCAUACAGCAGAAAACUGCCAUCACAGCAGCUGUGGGUGUACAGAUUACACUGAAUGUACUCCGGAGUAAAUUCUGGACAGCAACUCGACAGUGUGACACUUUCGAAGGCCGAUGUCCCAUGAGAUGUGAAGAUGAGACUCUGAGUUGUUACUUGAUGGAUAGCAAUGGAUUUCUGCUGAUUUCAAAGGAUGACCAGCAGGCAGGAAAAUUUUUCGGGGAAGUGGAUGGCUCAGUGAUGACACAACUUUUGAACAUGGGCAUGUUUCGACAGGUGUCAAUGUACGAUUUCCAAGCCAUGUGUAAGAUGGUACCGCAUCACCAUAAUGGAGCUCAGCCUCUCCAAAAUUUAUUCAGCUCCACCUUGGCCACCAUGAAGUGGAUGAUAACCAAUUUAUUUAUUUUCCUGCUUGAAUUCAACAUUUGUGGUAUCUGGCACUCUGACAGCACUGUCCAAGCUAAGACUUUCUUCCAUCACUCUCACAGACACAGACGUCAUGAGACUCUCCAGCCCUGUGACACCGAAUAUCCAGUUUUCGUGCAUGAGACGACUAUCAGAGAGGCCAAUGGUAUCAUUGAAUGUGGUGACUGUCAGAAGCAUUUCGUAGUUCAACAGAUCCCCAGCAGCAAUCUUCUCUUACUGGUCACUGAGUCUGUCUGUGAUUGCAGCAGUAUUUAUCCUCCGGUUACCUUGGAGCCAAAGGAAGUCAAAUAUAAUGCCUCAGUGAAGUGUGAUCGAAUGCGAUCUCAGAAGUUGAGACGUCGACCAAAAACUUGCUAUGCUUUUCACCCAGAGGAAAAUGCUCAAGACUGUGGUGGGGCAGCAGGAAUUUCACCUUGCAUUAUGCUGCUAAGCAUGCCUUUAAUUUUGACACUGAAGCUUCUUCGAAGAUGAUGACGAACAUGAUGUUUUAAGGUUUCAGUCUUCACAAUAACUUCUCUUAAAGGGACCUAUUUUUCCAGGGAGACAUAAAUGAAGUAUGGAGAAUUGUCUGAUAUCGCUGUUUGAUGCCUUUUCCAAGAAUUCUACAAAGUUGAUUUGUCAGAGACUUGUGCAGAUGUUUUAAGCAUGAACCUGGAGUCAUUAACCCCUAGAGAAAAAGUAAUUGCACUAUCAGAUAUCACUUUGGCUGUUAUCUCCAAAUGAAAUGGAAUAGCCCAUAAAUCAGGGUAAAUAGAAUGCUCUUCAUUAAGAGGCUGAUCAUCUAAUGGGCAUUCCCAUUGUAUCCACAUGUGCUGAGAUGUCUCCCUCAAAACGGAAGCGCAGACUUUUGAUAAACUUUAUAAAAAGAAAGAAAACAUUUGUUUGUUUUUGCAUUUAAGAACAACAAUGACAGAUUUUGAAAUGCACAGCACUUCGUAAUGCUAUAUUUCCAAAGGUGUGAAAAUUUCAGCAAGUAAUUUGUUCACAGCGGCAUAAGAGCAACAUUGCUGAAGUAGCUCUAUUUAACUAUUAUUAUAUACAUACAAUAAAAAUGGAGUUGCAUUAAUUGCA